CCGAUACAUUUACUGAUCUUAAAGUCUAGACGUGUCUGGUGUAGACGACAGAAAAAUGAAAACAGAAAAUGCGAUGAUCUAAAGGCUGAAUCAUUAUGACUCGGAAAGGUGUUGUAAGUCUGCGCUUAAACCAAGACCAAGGCUGUUUUUCCUGUGCCACUGAAUCCUGGUUUCGAGUUUACAAUGUGGAACCAUUGGCACAAAAGCUGAACCUAAGCUAUGGGGACACAGAGAUGGUGGGCAGUGUGGCCUCUGGGGAGAUGCUGUUCCGCUCCAACCUGAUAGCCAUGAUCGGGUCUGGCAAUGGCCGCAGGUUUGAUGAAAAAGCAGUUGUGAUCUGGGAUGAGACUCGCAAGGAAGCAGACCAGAAAGUUGUACUGGAUAUUACAUUUCCCCAGCCUGUGAUUGCAGUCCGCUUAAAAAAGGACAGGUUGUGUCCCUGCAUUAUUACAUUUCCCCAGCAUGUGAUUGCAGUCUGCUUAAAAAAGGACAGACUGAUUGCUGUGUUAAGAAACCAGGUGCACGUGUUCACAUUUCCCAACAAUGUACAGAAAUUACAGACAUUUGAAACAAGGGACAAUCCUAAAGGUCUGUGUGAAGCGAGUCCAUUCGGAGGGACCCUGGCCUUUCUGGGCCCCGGCAAGGCUGCAGGCAGUGUACAGAUUGUGAACUUGGACAAAAUCCAGCCUGGUCAGACACCUGCACCUGUGACUAUUCAUGCCCACAAGGGGGAGGUGGCAUGCCUCGCUGUCAACCAGAAUGGAACAUUGCUCGCUACAGCCUCUGUCAAGGGCACCCUCAUCCGAGUGUAUGACACCACUAAGAAAACUAUGCAACUGGAGCUAAGAAGGGGGGCUGAUCCAGCAAAACUCUACUGCAUAUCGUUCAGCUUGGAUUCUGCUUAUCUGUGUGCCUCCAGUGACAAGGGAACAGUGCAUAUAUUUGCUGUAAAAGAAACACAACUGAACAAGCGAUCCACGUUUAAGAGGAUGGGCUUUCUGGGUCAGUAUGUGGAGUCUCAGUGGGGUCUGGCCAACUUCACUGUGCCUGCAGAGUGUGCCUGUGUGUGUGCCUUCGGACCCAACCAGUCUGUGAUAGCUGUGUGUGUUGAUGGAACAUUUCACAAGUAUGUGUUUACGAAAGAUGGAAACUGCAACAGAGAAGCAUACGAUGUUUGGCUGGAAAUUGGCGAUGACAUGGACUGAUGGACUUAUUUUUGUAUCAUCUUCAUAUAAACACAUAGGCACGGUCUGACUUGUAUAAAAUCAGAUUUGCUGCUAGCUGAACACAAUUCAGCUGGAAGGAAAGAUGGUUUUCAGGUACCAAUCUUCUGUUCUAGAAUCAAAAUGACUGCAAACUACUGGAAUUUCUAGAGAAACACUAGUUGAUCUUGAUAUAGAUUCUCACUAAUGAAAUAUGAAAGAAAUAACUGUUUCUAGAAUAUCAAAGGAUUGUGGUAAUAACAUGUUUAGGAACAAAAGUACUUUUAAUGCAUUUGUUUAUUUGCUGUGACAUCUUGAAAAUAUUUGAAAAAUGAUAACUAUAGCAAAACAAAAAUAAGAAAACUAUUUACCGACAAAGUUUGCUCAACACUUGUUGAAAUUAAUUAUUGUCAGCAUUAGAAUGUUGCAAGCAGAUUUGCACUUUUUAAGUAUGGAUAAACUUCCCUGCAAUUGUUAACAAAUAGAUGCCAGAGUACUGAUAAAGAGCAUUGUGUAAAUUUUCUCACUUAAACCUCAUGAUGCUGAAUUAACUCGUCACCC